AUGGCUGCUCCCUCUUCCAAGACCGUCCAGGACCUUAACGGCUCUUGGACUGCUAAUAACAACCUGUCCGAGGAGUCCUCUGCCGAGAUCCUCAAGCUCCAGGGCGUCAGCUGGCUGACCCGCAAGGUCAUUGCCAUGGCCAACGUCACUCUCAUCAUCGACCAGCGCAAGGACGAGAGCGGCAACAUCCUGCUCGACAUUGAGAACAAGCCUAGCGGCGGCCUCCCUGGCACCCAAGAGAAACGUGUCCUCAACUGGAAGCCCGUCGAGCUCAACCACGGCCUCUUCGGCAACAUCCGCGGUCGCUCCCGCAUCUGCAAGCUCGCCGACCUCGACGAUGACUACCUCCGCCAGGGUUGGGAAGACGGCACCGAGGAGGUCAUGCACUUCAAGACCGAGCACCUCGACUCCAAGGGCGUCGUCACCCAGCAGGCCAUCGGCUUCAUUGUCUUCGACGACACUCGCUACCACGCCAGGCGGGUCCUGGUCACCAAGGACGAUGGCGAGAGGCUUGAGACCAAGCUCGUCUACGACUACCAGUGUUAG